GAAGCAUUAUCAGUUCUUCAAUUUCAUAGAUUUGAGUUCGUUUUCUGCUGUUGGGUUUUCUUUUUAGCUGUGAUUAAUAGUCGAUUAGUCUGUAAAAUUGGACCAAUACUGCUAAGAGUUGAUCCUGAGGAAUUCUGUAAAAUCUCUCUGUCUACUGACUUUAUGUGGAGUGAAGAGGGUUUUCUUAUUCUUCAUUAAUUGAGUAUCUAUAUUGCUUUUGGAUUGAGAACAAUUUUCUAGGCAUGGAAGUUGUGUCUUAUAACUCAGCACUAUGCAGGGAUCUUGUACUUGUAAGGACUAAUUGUGUUAGAAAAAGCUUGAAUUCAAGUUGUGUGAACCUCUCUGGCUUGAGGAAGCGCAGAAUUGUGUGCGCCAGAAUCAAAACCAGAAGCAGAUUUUGGGGUUCUUCUAUUGUAGAGCAAGUUCUGUUAAAAACUUCCUACCAUUGCAAAGGUUUCUUGUCAAAGCAUCCCCAUGAAAGCUCUCAACCAAAGGUUCUUUGCAGAAGCUACAGUGGCUAUGUCAUUGAUGGAGAAGAAGAUUCGAUAAGUAUAUCGGAAAGCAGUGAAUCAGCGAGUAAAGUUCAGAUUCCCGGUUUGCCCGAUGAAUCUAAUGGUGAAUCCAGUGCUCCAAUCAGUAGUUGCUUCUGGGAAUGGAAACCAAAACUUAGUGUGCACUAUGCACAAGCUGGAUCUGAAAAUGUUAACUCUCCACCAGUACUUUUUCUUCCUGGUUUUGGGGUUGGUUCGUUCCAUUAUGAGAAGCAACUGAAAGAUUUGGGACGUGAUUACAGAGUAUGGGCCAUAGAUUUUCUUGGACAGGGCAUGUCAUUACCAGUUGAAGAUCCUACUUCACAUUCUAAGCAUAGAGAUAAAUCAGAUGGGAAAGAUUCUGCUUGGGGUUUUGGAGAUGAGACUGAACCAUGGGCAUCUGAGCUUGUUUACUCCAUUGAUUUAUGGCACGAUCAAGUCCGCUAUUUCAUCGAACAGGUCAUUGGUGAACCAGUCUACAUUGUGGGCAAUUCCCUUGGAGGGUUUGUUGCAUUGUACUUUGCAGCAUUCAAUCCUCAAUUAGUAAAGGGCGUUACAUUGCUAAAUGCAACUCCAUUCUGGGGAUUCCUUCCUAAUCCCGUAAGAUCUCCAAACUUAGCAAAAAUAUUUCCUUGGAGUGGAAGGUUUCCGUUGCCAGAUAGCGUGAGAAAGCUCACGAAAUUCGUUUGGCAGAAGAUUAGUGACCCCGAAAGUAUAGGAGACAUACUCAGGCAAGUCUAUGCAGAUCACACGACAAAUGUCGAUGACGUAUUUUGUCGUAUUGUGGAAACAACACAGCAUCCAGCUGCAGCUGCAUCAUUUGCAUCAAUCAUGUUUGCCCCUCAGGGACAACUAUCAUUCUGGGAAGCUUUAUCAAGAUGCCAUUUGAAUUCAGUGCCGGUUUGUCUCAUGUAUGGGAAAGAAGACCCAUGGGUGAGACCAAUUUGGGGGCAUGAGGUGAAAAAGCGAGUGCCAGAGGCUCCAUAUUACGAAAUCAGCCCUGCAGGCCAUUGUCCUCAUGAUGAAGUUCCUGAGGUGGUGAACUUUUUAGUACGUGGGUGGAUCAGAAACUUAGAGACAGAGGGUUCAGUAGAAUUGCCUCUUGUGGGGGAACCAGACAACAUGGGAGAGGAACACAACAACAUUGUUAAGGAUUUGGAAUAUGUAAGAGAAGGAUCAAAGAAGUCUGUUUCUGUGCGAUUGUAUGGAUCCAGAUCUUCACUUUUUGAUCAGAUAAGUUCUUUCUUCAGAACUUUACCAAUCAAAUCUUGACUGACAACUAUCCCCCAUUGUCCUAUGUAAUGUGAUUGCUUGCUUAGCCUUACGAAUCCUCUCUGGUUUGUUGCUUGUUUUAUGCUUGCCUUCCACUGCAAAAUAUUCUCUUCGAAUAGGGUUCUCGUUCUUUUUCUUGUUUGUAAAAAUGAAAAAUGAUUUAAUCACUAUCUCAUUUUUUUUUC